AUGAGUUUCCUCCAGCAGCUACAGACUAAACGAAAGGCCUUGAAAGCCACUGCCACCAAUGUAACCACAGCCAGUGGCAAACGUUUUAUCGAAGCAAACGCAACUACCUCAACAUCAAUACAACAACUACCAGAACAGUGUUAUGGUUUUGUAGUUGAUACCAAACCAGAUACUACACCAGCAUGCAUUCUAGCCGAUUUCCUCUACUUGGGCUCACAAGAUGCUGUAAAUAGUGAAAAUAUAAGUGCAUAUAAGUUAACACACAUUUUAAGCGUUGGCAUUGAGACACCACAUUUAGUUGCUGGGAAAGUGUAUACCAAAUUUUUGCCAUGUCUCGAUUUGCCUGAAACGGUACUAUCCGAGCGUAUUAUCCCAGCGGCGAACCAAUUCAUUAAAGACGCGGCAUUGUCUCGCGGUCGUGUGUUAGUGCAUUGUAAUGCUGGUGUUUCGCGCGCGGCCAGCAUUGUUAUUGCUUAUUUAAUAUUAGUGCGUGGUAUACCGUUUGACGUUGCCUAUGCGUUAGUAAAGUCAAGACGGGAAUGCAUACAACCAAAUGUAGGAUUUAUUAAGCAGUUAAAACAACUUUAAUUAGACGAAGUGUAGUUCUAUGUUUUUGAAUUCAUAUUUUGAAAGUGAAAAAUAGUAAUAGUGAAAUAGUGAUAAAUGAUUUAGUGGAGCAAAAGUGAUGUGAAAUUUAUGGCGAAAUUGCUAAAUAAAUUAGUGAAAAUGGUUUAAUUUUUGGAUUACACAAAUGGGUGCUGAAGUUUGUGGAUGAGAACUAAUUGCAGCGUCUACAACAACAUGUGCAAUACACCUACAGCUAGUCAGUAGUCUGCAAGAACACAACAACAGUUGGGAAUAUUUAAGAAUUUAUGACCCGACUACCUUUGCCUCGGCAUUAUGGAUAAAGUAUCGGUGGUCGAUGCACAAUAUCUGCUUGCGACUGACUGACAGAGUGCCUUCUGUUUCUGUGUGGUUUGUUGCUUGGCCCGACUGGCCUUUUGUUGACGUCGAUGCUCGCACUUUUUGGUAUUUCAUUUGCUUGUUUACUGGAGCGCUCUUGUUCGAACACAAUCGUUUCAUUAUUGCCGCUGAUGUUGUUGUUAAAAGGCAGCGGCUUUUUACUGCCCAAAAUAAUUCCAUCGAGCGACGACCCCACCGAGCGUCCGCCCCACAACACGACUUGAACGCAGCUCACCAACGCGCCUACAAACAUCAAAACAUAGCACAACGCGCGCUACGCACCGUUUCCAUACAAACGGUGCACGCGGAGAGUGAGGUUAGGUUGGAUACAUAGAUAUGUAUGUAUGUAUAAAUUUCGGCUCCGGCGACCGGCUAGCUGACAGCUUUGUGCACAAAUGCUCCUACAAAGCAUACACAAACGCAACCAUCACUUGCAAAAGCGAGCGCAGAACAGUCAGCAAACAGUGCCAGGCUGCUGCUGCUGCUAACGCCGCUGCUACUGCGCCGCCGCCAUGCGGUUAAUGAACGACCAACCAGAUUAUACGGCGUGUAACCUUGAACUCCUAUGUUGGCGCUUUGCUGUUUAAAGAACACAAAAACAACAACAAGUACAACAACUUUGCACACACAAUACAACAAGCAGAAAAACCGCUGACAGCAGGCAGCGGCGUCAGCAGCAUACCAAUUAGAGAAGGCGCAAGUGUUUGCGGCGUCCAGCGAACCCUCCGCAAAACUUGCAAGCAAAAAAAUAACGGACAUUGGCUUGAAAGCUGUUACGCGCUUACUCGCCGGCGCGUGGCUUGCAACAUUUAACAUUUCAGCAUGUCAUCAGAUACUUUUGGCGUCAGCAAACAUCAGCCGCCGCCGCCGCCAGCAGGCAGCAGCAGCAGCAGUGUCAACAAACAGCAAGAAAGUACAGCAAAAAUGCUGGCGCUGCCAAAAAUAAAUGCUAUAAAUGUGCUUGUAUGUGCGUGUGUGCGUGUGUGUGUGCAUAAUGCAAAUAUGCGCAAGUCGCUGCAAUUUUCGUUUAUGACAAGGUGGCAGCGCGGUAGAUCAACGCCACCACGCAACAGCAGCAGCAACAACAACAACUUUUGCGUGCAUAGUCAAAAUGAUAACAACAAAAGUUUGAGAAAAAAAUUACACUCAGCAAAUAUUUGCGGCGCACGACGACUGUACAAACACGCGAAAAUUACAACAACAACAACAAAUAAUAUUGCAAAAGUCACAAAUGCGCAGAGGCGAGCGACCCGGCGGAGCAAUGCCUCCAAAACUACCGUCAUGCAAUUGAUUAUACGGUUGAACACGGCAAUUUUGCAUCGCAUGCAAUAUUGUACACAUUUAUAUGUAUGCGUUUGUGUGUUGUUGCAUAUGUAUGCAUGUGUGUAUAUGCGCUUAUUUUUGCACCAGUCAAGUAAACAACUGCUGGCGGUCGCUCACUUGUUUUAUUGCCGUUUAAUUUUCGGUAUUGACAGUUGUUAUUGCUUUAUGCUAGCACAACAACAACAACAACAGUCAGCAAAUAAGCCGAAAAUUAUUAAAAAAAAAACAUUGGUAACGAGGUCAUUUGCACUUUACGCAAUUGGGAGAAAGAAGUUCAGUCACAAAAGUACUAAAUGGAACAUGCAACGUCAGCGCAAAUGCGGAAUGCAACACUGCAAGUGCAAAAGCACACAAACAACGACUACGUAAUUUAACUUUUGUCAAGAGUUUUGUAUUAUUCUGCUCUAAUUGUUGAAAAAGAGGAAGAAAUUUAAUUACUUGUUUUAAUUUUUUUAUAAUUU